GUAAACAAAGAUUUAGAGUAAGAAAUUGUAUAUCCUUAGUGAUCGUUGCUUGAUUUCUGAGACCUGUCGAUCGACCCUCGUUCGUGGAGUUGUCGGCGUUGGCAGCACGUGUGCGCGGCCGGCGGAAAUGGGACAAACAACUCAACGCAGGAGUCAAGCCGAGCGACAGCCGAGCUGAGCAUAACAGUCGCUGCAACGAUGGCGAUGGCGAUGGCGAUGGCACCGGCUCCAAUCCAUGCGAGACGCGAGGGGCGGGAGUUGCCCAAGAGUGUUGGAUGGGGGGCUGAAGAGGGAGGGGGCGUUGGCAACGCUAUGUUGUUGUUCGAUUCGAUUGGAUUCGGUUUGUUUUGUUUGCCUGCUGCCUGGCUGCCUGCUCUGCUCUGCUCUGCUCUGUUCUGCUCGCUCGCUUGUUUGUUUGUUGGUAACAUAACGAAGCUGCUCCUCCGCCAACGCCAGCGGCAACGACAACAGCAGCGAUUGCUUCAUUCACAAAUCGCAGUUAGCGCGCGGCAGGCAAGCACUGUGGACGUGGACGUGGAAGUUGCAAGCCACCACCCGACGGAGCCGUAAUCGUGCCCCAUCUGCGUCGCAUUCGCAUUCGCAUUCGCUGAUGGUUGCUCGCUUCAAGUGAAAGUUCGCCAGGAUUUCAAGUGGCAGUCGCGUUUCCCUUGUUUGCCACAAGGCAACGCGGUUCGUGACUGCAGCCGGUUUUGAUUUCGGUAUUUGUGGAUUGGAUUCGUUUUAGUGUUUUUGUCUCGGUUUGUUGACAAAGUUAUUGCUUUGGCUUAAUGACUUCGUAAUUGAUUUGCAUUCGAUUUCGCGUUGUGGUUGCGGCAAUUUAUUGCCAGUUGAAAGCGUCAUUCGAACUCGUAGUCGGCUUUCAGUCAUCGCCGCCAUCGCUAAUCAAACGUCGAACUGCCGACACCAAAUACCAGAUACCAAAUACCAAAUCCAGACUACCAAAUAACAUUUCGAUCACAGCCAUGUCGCUGUCAGUGGCUAGCCGCCGUCGCUGCCAGACAACCACGACGACGUCAAAUCCAUCAACAACCACUCCGUCGUCGUCGUCGUCGUCAUCGUUGUAUCCUGUGCGCAAACAGCACUCGCUGAUUGACCCGCCCAGCCACGCCCACUCGCACGGCGUCGCCAGAUAUUCCGCCCAGCAGCGUGGCUACUUGUCACGCGGCCUCUCCGUCGGCCGCUCCAUCGAGAGUAUUCGCCAGAAGCUGUAUCCCUCCAGCUCCCUGGCAGCUGCUCCUCCAGUCGCCCACUUGGGUCGUCAGUCCUCGCUGGCCGGCGAGGGAAGAUUGGCGCCCACGCACACUGAGCUAAGCUUGCGCCUAAGGGAGUCCAGCCUGGUGGCCUGGUCAUCACAGUCCUCGCUGCUCAAGGCGUCACUUGGAACAGACAACGCACAGGCAGCUCGACUGCAGGCUGAGCAGAAGGAGGCUCAGGCAAAGGCCGAGAGCGCCAAGGCGGAUAAGAAUCGCAUCAAUUUGAACAUUGUGCUCGCCCAGACGAUACGUGCCACCAACGAGCGGGAACACGACCACGAACACGACCAGGAUCACGACCACGACCACGACCACGACCAGGAGCAAGAACAGGAGCAACCAGGACUUCUUCAACCGGCUGUCCUUGCCAGCAGCGAGGGGAGCGUCUCGUCUGCUUUGACAGUUCAACGGCGUCCGCCUUUGGUCCGUGCUAUGUCCGCUCCCGUGCGUCUCGACGAGAGCAGCAAGAGUGUCAUUGGUGGGGCCAACAAGCGCAACCAGCAGAAGCUGCGACGUCGCAAGAUUUUCACGCGUGCCGCUUCCUCGGUGGCUGUGCCACCCGAUGCCAGCCCCUUGCUGAGCUCCGAUGUCGUCUCCAACGUCAACGUCUCCAACAACAACAACAACAAGAAGCAGUUGAGUCGGGCUCGCAGUGUGAUUGCACCGGAUGUGAUUACGCUGGUGUCGCUGCUGAGCUCUGAGGGCAGCGACUCGGAGCGGGAGGAGAGCUCCUCCACCUCGGCGUCCACUUCGACGGGCAACGAGAAAUCCUCGCCGCCAACAGCGCAGCGUAGUCCGCAGCGUCGUGCGCCGCUGCUGCGUAAAACGGGCAAAUCGGUCUCGUUUCAAGACAGCUAUCCGCCCACCUUUCAACUGGCCUCCAAGGAGUACUCGCACAUGAUACGACGCGGUUCCAUAGCUCCGCUCGCCGCCCGAAUUCGCGCCAAUCGUCCUCCAACGGCGCCGCCUGUCUCCAUCUUCCUCAGCGACCCAGCUGGCAAGCCAAUGGAAUCGCGCCAACGUCCGGUGGAUGCGGAUGUAGGCAGUCUGCCUGCGGAUGAGGCCAAGAAGGAGAACAACGCAGCCAAUUGCAAUGUGCAACAACAGCAGCAGAUUACAACUUCCCCCCUGUACGUGUGCAGCAUCAAGGAGCGCGAGUGCUGGAAGCUGCACCAGAAGAUGUCCGCCAAGGGUGUCAGCGUCAGCUAUGAGACCGUCUUGCGUGGCAUGUUGACACCCACGGAGUUCCGGCACUUUCAAAAGCAGCGCGAGCACGAGGAGGCCAAGGCCCAAGAGGCCGCCGAAGCCGAGGCGGAGGCUGCAGCUGCUGCGGAGAAGGAUAACGUCAAGAAGCCGCCGGCCACGGCCAUUGAGCGUCUCUCCGAGUCCUUGCUGCAAGGCAAGUGAGCUGACCAACUUCGACAACAACAUCGACAUCGUCAGUUGUGAGGACCAAGUUAUGCAUUUGCCCCUGGCCCAAGUCAAAAAAUGGAAUCCUUUCAUGUCCGUAGUGCGCACUCGUUAAACUGCAUCGCACCCAGAGCUAAGGCACAACGUCAGAUCGCAUCCUUCGUAAUCGUAGUCGUAGUCGUAGUCGUAGCUGAACUAUCCUAGUGGCUUAAGGACGUUGUGCUGCCAAUCGUAACCGAACCUUAGCUGAGAACUAAAUAAACUGUAGACACAAAGAA